CGCUCACUUGGUUAGAAAACUUCCUCCGGUCAGAUCGCCGUGGAGAAGAAGCCCGACGAGGGCUGCAAGCAGGCCGGUCUCUCUUCCAGGAUACACUGACGUGGAGUUUCAACAUGCCUCUGCGCUUGGACAUCAAGCGGCGGCUGACGGCCCGGUCGGACCGAGUGAAGAGCGUGGACCUGCACCCCACCGAGCCGUGGAUGGUGAUCAGCCUGUACAGCGGCGGCGUGGUGGUCUGGAACCAUGAGUCACAGACGAUGGUGAAAACCUUCGAAAUGUGCGAGCUGCCUGUCCGAGUGGCCAGGUUUGUGGCCAGGAAGCACUGGAUCAUUGCCGGAGCAGAUGACAUGCAGAUCCGCGUGUUCAACUACAACACUCUGGAGCGAGUUCACAUGUUCGAGGCUCACUCCGACUACAUCCGCUGCAUCGCCGUCCACCCAACACAGCCCUACAUCCUCUCCAGCAGUGACGACAUGUUGAUCAAGCUGUGGGACUGGGACAGGAAGUGGACGUGUAGUCAGGUGUUCGAGGGUCACACUCACUAUGUCAUGCAGGUCGUCUUCAACCCCAAAGACAACAACCAGUUUGCCAGUGCCUCUCUGGACAGAACGAUUAAGGUGUGGCAGCUCGGCUCCAGGACUCCGAACUUCACUCUGGAGGGACACGAGAAGGGAGUGAACUGUAUCGAUUACUACAGUGGAGGAGAUAAGCCCUACCUCAUAUCAGGGGCAGAUGAUUGUCUUGUCAAGAUCUGGGAUUAUCAGAACAAAACGUGCGUUCAGACCCUGGAGGGUCACGUCCAGAAUGUGACCUGCGUCAGCUUCCACCCCGGGCUGCCAAUCAUCCUCACAGGCUCCGAGGACGGCACUGUUCGAGUGUGGCACUCCAACACCUACCGACUUGAAAACACACUCAACUAUGGCAUGGAGAGGGUGUGGUGCAUAUGUGGCCAGCCGGGCUCCAACAGUGUGGCAUUGGGCUACGAUGAAGGCAGCAUCAUCAUCAAGCUGGGUCGCGAGGAGCCGGCCAUGUCGAUGGACUCCAGCGGGAAGAUCAUGUGGGCACGCCACUCCGAAGUGCAGCAGGCCAACCUGAAGGCCAUGGGGGAGACGGAGGUCCGGGAUGGAGAGAGGCUGCAGCUGGGGGUUAAAGACAUGGGCAGCUGCGAGAUUUACCCCCAGACCAUCCAGCACAGCCCCAACGGGAGGUUCGUGAUGGUGUGCGGAGACGGGGAGUACAUCAUCUACACCGCCAUGGCCCUGAGGAACAAGAGCUUUGGCCCGGCUCAAGAGUUUGUCUGGGCGCACGACUCCUCGCAGUAUGCCGUGAGGGAAGGCAACAGUCUGGUCAAAGUCUUUAAGAACUUUAAAGCUAAGAAGUCUUUUAAACCAGACUUUGGGGCUGAAGGAAUCUUUGGUGGCUUCUUACUGGGAGUGAGGUCGAACAGCGGCCUGGCCUUCUACGACUGGGAGAACGCCGAACUAGUCCGCCGCAUCGAGAUCCAACCCAAACAUAUCUUCUGGUCCGACUCUGGAGAGCUGCUGUGUAUCGCCACGGACGAGUCUUUCUUUGUGCUUCGCUAUCUGCCAGAGAAGGUGGCAGCCGCCAUGGAGUCCAAGGAAAAUAUGACUGAAGAUGGAAUAGAGGGCGCCUUUGAGGUGCUGGGGGAGAUCCCAGAGUCGGUGAAGACCGGAGUGUGGGUGGGAGACUGCUUCAUGUACACCAACUCUGUUAACAGACUCAACUAUUAUGUUGGAGGAGAGAUCAUCACCAUUGCUCACAUGGACAGGACCAUGUAUCUGCUAGGCUACAUCCCCAAGGACGAUCGUCUCUACCUCGGAGACAAGGAGCUGAACGUCGUCAGCUACUCCCUGCUGCUUUCUGUGCUGGAGUACCAGACCGCCGUCAUGAGGAGGGACUUCGGCACAGCCGACAAGGUUCUGCCCACAAUCCCCAAGGAGCAGAGGACCAGGGUAGCCAACUUCUUGGAGAAGCAGGGUUUCAGACAGCAGGCCCUGGCUGUGUCCACAGACCCAGAACACAAGUUUGAACUUGCUCUGCACCUGGGAGAGCUGGAGAUUGCCCACCAGCUGGCCCUGGAGGCAGAGUCAGAGCAGAAGUGGAAGCAGCUGGCAGAACUCGCCACCGCGAAGUGCCAGUUCAGCCUGGCCCAGGAGUGUCUGAACCAUGCCCAAGAUUACGGGGGAUUACUGCUGCUGGCCACCGCCUCGGGCAACACGCACAUGGUGGGCAAACUGGCCGAGGGGGCAGAGAGGACCGGGAAGACCAACGUGGCCUUCCUCACCUACUUCAUGCAAGGACGAUUGGACAAAUGUCUGGACCUCCUCAUCAAAACAGAUCGGUUGCCAGAGGCUGCAUUCCUGGCAAGAACAUAUCUGCCCAGCCAUGUGUCACGGGUUGUGAAUCUGUGGAAGGAGAGUCUGUCAAAAGUCAACCCGAAGGCAGCGGAUGCUCUUGCUGACCCCGCCCACUACGGCAACCUGUUCCCUGGCCUCCAGCAAGCCGUGCUGGCUGAGCAGUACCUGAAGGAGACUCAUGUCGGGGUCAGAGCUGCUGCAGAAUACCCCCUCAUCAUGCCGAAUGAGGAGCGAAAGGUUCUGGAGGAAUCUGCAGGUUUUGUGUCCGAAGAAGCUGUCAGCGAGCCAGAGGAAGUGGUGAAGAGCAUGGAUGAAAGCUUCAUAGUAGCAGCAGCAGCAGCAGAACCUCCAGAAGCAGCAUCAGCAGCAGCCGCGGAGGAGCCCAUUCCACUGAAACAGGAGAUUACCGAUCCUGUUUCAACAACAGAAGAAGAAACGGUUACAUCAGCAGCUUCUCCUCUUCCCGUCACCGUGACACCUGAGCACGUUGAGCAGCAGAAACAAGGAGACUCUGCGUCCGCUGAGGUGCCUGCAUCCGAACCGGAGGUGGCAGCGAUGAGGGAUGACACCAUCGCUGCUUUGGAGGAGGAGGAGGAAGCAGCCUCCGCAGAGGAAGACACGUCAGAGGGGUCCGCCGUAGACGUCACCCCCAAAGAGCCAGAGAUUGCACAGUCCGGACCUGUAGAGGCUGUCACGUCUUCAGCUCAGGGGCAUGUCCAGGAAAUGUCUCCGGGAGCUGAAGCUGCCUCCGUCUCUGAAAGGCGUGUCACUGAGGCAACAACAGAGAACGUCGUGGCGACGCAAGAAGCCGCCGAGGAUGUCGUAUUCACCGCAGGCGAUGCAGAUGAAAUGCCAGUUUAUGACGAGCUGGAAAAAGAUGUAAUCUCUUUCCAAGCACCAUCCAACAUUGAUACAGCAGCAGCAGCAGGAAAAGGAACUCCUGUUACGAAGGAACUUGUUUCGGAAGCGGCAGCCUCAGCUGUAGCAGUGGAGGAGCUCAUCUUCUUCGAAGACACGGACAGCUCAGCGCUGGAUGUGCCGGUGCAAGUUAAAGUGGUUCCAGAGUUUGCCCUCGAUCCGCUGCUGGACCCCCUCGAAGACCCCAUGCCAGCGAUAAAGCCAGAAUCAGCUCAAGCACCAGGAGAAGGAGGAGGGGGACAGGCCACAGGAAAACACGAGGCCGACCCGGAGCCUCCUGCUCUCCCUCGGCCGGGUCCCGAGGGAGAUGAAGAACCAGCAGAGGAGCUCGAGGUGGAGAUGCACAAUGAGGUCCUGGAUGAUCUGGAUCUGGACAAUUUUGACCUGGAAGAUAUCGACACCACCGACGUCGACCUGGACGACGAUUUCUUGAGCGAAUAGGAAGAGGGACGAGACCAUUCCAGGUUCUUAUUCAUUGACCAAAAAACUUAAAUAAACUGUCCACACACUAAAGUGCCUUAAUCAACAAACUCUCUGAAAUAUUCAUGUUAAACUGAUUUGUGACCAAAGUCUGAUUCCUACAAGAUUAAUGUUACAGCAGGAAUUAAAUGCAUCCAAGAAAUCAGGUGACAUCUUACAUUUAAUCUGCAGACAUUAUUAACUAGGUUUGACUUUGUCCAGGUUUUUAUUCCAAACACGGGUUAUACCAGUGUUACGUGCCUUUAAGAAAUAGAAAUAGGCCGAGGUGCAUAUGUAUUUUAAAACACAGGAUCAUGUACAAAAAAUAAUUCCAGGCCAGGCGGAUGUGUGAAGCUUUUGUUUACAUUACAUUUUUUUUUAAAUGUUGCUGUCAUCUAGACAAUUUGUGUUAAAUGACUUUUAAAAAUAAAAAGGGUUCAAACGUU